GAAGUUCAAUCUCUCUACUCGGUGUGUACAUUGUUUUUAAUCUAUUAAACUAUUUUACAAAUCCAGUUUUAUUCCAAAUAUGAAAGGAGAAAACACAAGCAAAGGCGUUAGUGGAGGAGCAGACGCUGAACAGAGCAGGUUGAGUCUACACGGUUCUCAUGCGGCUGUUAAAGGCGCAGCGGCUCAUUGUUGAUCACAGUCAGAUUGUGUGAGUCCAGAUUCACUCAGAGAAAUCAUGGCAGAAACCGCUCCAGCAUCCGCGACUAAGGCGGCCAAGAAGAAAUCAGCCGCCAAAAGCAAGAAAGCGGGUCCAGGCGUCCGCGAGCUGAUCGUCAAGGCUGUGUCCGCAUCUAAAGAGAGGAGCGGUGUGUCCCUCGCCGCCCUGAAGAAAGCGCUCGCUGCCGGUGGAUACGAUGUGGAGAAGAACAACUCCCGCGUCAAGACCGCCAUCAAGAGUCUGGUGACUAAUGAAACCCUGGUCCAGACUAAAGGAACCGGCGCCUCGGGCUCCUUCAAGCUCAACAAGAAACAGACCGAGACCAAGACUAAACCCGCCAAGAAAGCGGCUCCUAAAGCCAAGAAGCCCGCAGCCAAGAAACCCGCAGCCGCGAAGAAGCCCAAAACUGCAGCAGCAAAGAAGCCCGUCGCUAAGAAAUCCCCGAAGAAGGUGAAGAAACCCGCCGCUAAAAAGGCAACGAAGAGCCCCAAGAAGACAAAGAAACCAGCGACUCCUAAGAAAGCAGCCAAGAGCCCGAAAAAGGCAAAGGCAGCAAAACCCAAAACGGCGAAACCUAAAGCAGCCAAGCCUAAAAAGACAGCAGCCAAAAAGAAAUAA